AUGGAUCAGAAACGUGGAAGCAAAAGACUUACAGGUAGUAAUGAGAAGCAGCUUACAUGUUCUUGUGACAGCUCUCAAGAGGAGUUAUUGAGUAAGAAAGAUAUCGAUGUUUCGAUUGUUGGUGAUGAAUCUGAGGAAAAAUUCAGCGAGAUUAUUAAGCGGUUGAUAGCUCAGAAAGAAGGAGAGAUUCAAACAUGUAAGGAUUUAUUGGAGGCUUUUCAUGUUUUGAGUUGUGAAGAAGAAUCAUUCAUGAAGAAGAUUUCACUUGAAGAUGCUCAAAGGUUGGGAGAUUCUAAGAGAGUAGAAGAAGAAAAGGCUCAAGUAGUUUCGAAACAAGAGGCGGUGAUAGUACCGAAGAAGAAGUCCAAGUUCUUUAGUAGGAAAUGGAAAUCAGAAGAGAGGAGAACCAUUGUGGUUUUGAAACCUGGUCCAAAUAGUUUGGAGCUUGAUUCUUCAUCUGGACCUUGUUCUAAAGGCAACAAGUCGAAAAACGGGAGAGCCUUUUCUCGGUUUCUUAUCGGUUUAAUAAAAAGAAGAUUACAUUCUGCUGUUGGAAAGAAGUCAUGUGAUGAUACUGUUGAUAAGAGCCAAAGCUGUUGUGUGCAAGAAGAGAUAGAGAGUAAAUCAGAAAAGCAUGUUUUGGAUGAAGAAGAACCGUUCUUUAACGAAGGAGUGAGUGUGGCUGAUAAAGAGGUUACUGUCCGCACAAGCGAAGAUUCGAAGAAGAUUAUGUCUGGCUUAUACAUUGCAGCCAAGAAACACUUGUCUGAAAUGCUUGCAAAUGGAGAUAUAGAUGUGAAUUUACCAGAUAAGGAAGUACCAAGAAUCCUAGGGAAGAUUCUUUCUCUCCCUGAGUUUUCUUCACCAGCAGAGAGUCCUCGAUUGAUCCCGAGAGAUGAUUUGGUUAGCUGUCUUAGCCCUCAAAGCCAAACAACCGAGAAACCGAAGAUUCUGCAAUGCAGUUCAUGUACAAAUGGUCCGACUGAUGAAGAAGAUUCAGAUAAAGAUGAUGAGACAUUGUUUACCAUUGAUGUCUCUGUUCCUAGAGACGAUGAGAAGGAAACUAAGAAUAUAGACAAGGAAGAGAGGACUGAAAUAGAUCCAUUAUCUGAAAGUUGCAGCUCUUCCGUUUCUCAACAAGUCGAAUAUGUUGAUGAAGAUGUGCUUGAAUGUCGUGAAGAAGACCGGGAUAAGCAAUUACUGAAAAAGGAAAUUUCUAACCAAGUGCAUUCACCGUCUUCUCCACCAAGUUCUUCGGUUAGGAUGAAUCAAUGCAAAGAAACUGCCAUUGAGGUGCAGGGAGAGUUAAGUCCAGUGUCUGUACUCGAGCCUCCGUUUACAGAUGAUGAGAGUAGUCCAACAACAAGCACAAGAUUCAGUUCAGCUGAAAUGCGGAUACAACCACUCUGUAUAAGAUUUGAUGAAGCAGAUUCUCCAAAACCAGUGAAAGGCUACAAUGUCAAUACAAGCAUGGAUGACAAGGAGUUGACACUUGCAUACAUUGAAGCCGUAGUCAAAUCCUCAGGCUUGAGCUGGGAAGAGCUUUUGAAGAGGCCGUUUUACUCGGAACAGAUUCUUGAGCAAGAAUUAACAGAUGACAUAGUUUUCUGUUCUACACAGCUCUGCGACAAUAAGAAUCUCCUUUUCGACUGUAUCAAUGAAGUUCUUUUGGACUUCUGCGGGAACGAGCUCAUUCCCGGGCCUUGGAUUUCAUUCGUGAAACCUGAAGUCCAGCUAAUCUCAGACACGGAAAUCGCAGCUAAAGUGGCACAAGAAGGGGUUUACUGGCAUCUUCUACCUUUGCCUUCCCCUCACACUUUAGAUCAGAUAGUGAGAAAAGACAUGGCUAAAACCGGAAGCUGGAUGGAUCCCCGGUUUGAUAUUGGUUGCAUUACUUCCGGCACAAGUGAAAUGAUCCUUGAUGAUUUAGUAGAAGAGAUCAUCAGAAGCUGCAUAGACAUGGUUCAAGCUGGACCAAUGCAGGACCAGAACAGCAACAACCUGUGA